AUGAAGCACCUCGCAGCUUACCUCCUGCUCAACCUCGGCGGCAACGCCUCCCCCUCUGCUGAGGACAUCAAGUCCGUCCUCAGCUCCGUCGGCAUUGAGGCCGAGGAUGAGCGUCUCGAGAAGCUCAUCUCUGAGCUCUCUGGCAAGGACGUCAACGAGCUGAUCGCCGCUGGCUCUGAGAAGCUCGCUUCCGUUCCCUCUGGCGGUGCUGGUGCUGCUGCUGCUGGUGGCGCCGCCGCCGGUGGUGCUGCCGCCGCUGAGGAGAAGGCCGAGGAGAAGGAGGAGGAGAAGGAGGAGUCCGACGAGGAUAUGGGCUUCGGUCUCUUCGACUAA